CUGGUUGGAUCAGCAAGGAAGGGGAAGGCAAAGGGCGUUCCCAGAGCUGCUGGAUCCCCCCACAGUCCAAGCAACAGGAGAGACCUGGAUCUCCAGCUGGGGCUGGCUCAGGAGAGGAGCUGAGGGACCUGGAUGCUCUCCCGCCCAAGGAUGGACAAAGAGAUGAGCAGAUUUCGCAAGAUGGACAAUCCCGAGGCUGGGGUCUGCUCCCUAGCCCUGCCCUCUGACUUGCAGUUGGACCAGAGGAACAAGGAGGCCAUAGAGGCAGAGAGGGAGCGGCUGAAGGUGGCCCGGGUGCAGGAGCAGGUCCGGGCCAGGAUGCUCCAGCUGGGUCAGCCUUCGAGGAUCAAUGGCUCUCCGGCCGGUCCCCUGACGGAUUCAGCAACCAGCACAGGCCUAGACAGCUCCAGAGGUGUCUCCAGGGCUCAGUACCACACAAUGCAGUCUGGUGCUGGCUUCAGCUCCCGUUCCCAGGGCAUGAGCAUGGACAAGGUCUCGACUUUCCGGCCCAUCUCUAAGCCAGCAUACGGAACGAUGGGCUGGUCCUCACGAUCUGCCGUGGACCUAAGCUGCGGCCGGAGAUUGAGCUCUGUGCACAAUGGAGGGAGCACCUACGGGUCCGUGGGCUAUGUGGGGGCCCAGCCUGCAGUGCCGGCAGUUUCCCGGCCUGUCUCCUACCACGAGCGUGGGGGCCCUGGCCCCAGGGCUGACUAUGACACACUGAGCCUGAGAUCUCUGCGCCUGGUGGGGGGCCCCCCGGGAAGCCUGGAUGACCGGUACAGUGUGGUAUCUGAGCAGCUGGAGCCUCCAGGAGGAGCGGCCUACAGGGCCUUCAGUUACGAGCGACAGGCAAGCUCGGCCUCUGGCCGCACGGGGGGACUGGACUGGUCUGAAGCCCCAGACGGAGCCCCCGGCCGGACCAUCCGAGCCCCUGCUAUGCGGACCCUGCAACGCUUCCAGAGCAGCCAUCGCAGCCGGGGGACAACCUCAUCGGGAACUAGUGGAGGCCUGGAGCACGUGGCCCGCGCCCCCUCGGUCCGCAGCCUCAGCCUUAGUCUGGCUGACUCUGGACACCUGCCUGAUGUGAGGGGCCUGGACAGCUAUGGGGGUCACCGCACUCUACAACGGCUCAGCAGUGGCUUUGAUGACAUCGACCUCCCCUCUGCUGUCAAGUACCUCAUGGCCUCAGACCCCAACCUGCAGGUCCUGGGAGCAGCUUACAUUCAGCACAAGUGUUACAGCGAUGCAGCUGCCAAGAAGCAGGUGAGGCUGUGUGUGUGUCCCUGCCUGCCUGCCCUGCCCCAGUCCCCUGACCGUCGGGGCCUGUGCCUCAGCCAGGGGCUCCCCAUAACCCGGGACCCUGGUCUGUGUCCCCAGGCCCGCAGCCUCCAGGCAGUGCCGAAGCUGGUGAAACUCUUCAACCACGCCAACCAGGAGGUCCAGAGACACGCCACAGGGGCCACGCGGAACCUCAUCUAUGACAAUGCGGACAACAAGCUGGCCCUGGUAGAGGAGAACGGCAUCUUCGAGCUGCUGAGGACACUGCGGGAACAGGACGAUGAGCUGCGCAAGAACGUCACUGGAAUUCUGUGGAACCUGUCAUCCAGUGACCACCUGAAGGACCGCCUGGCCCGAGACACCCUGGAGCAGCUGACAGACCUGGUGCUGAGCCCACUCUCGGGCGCCGGGGGGCCUCCCCUUAUCCAGCAGAACGCCUCAGAGGCCGAAAUCUUUUAUAACGCCACCGGCUUCCUCAGGAACCUGAGCUCAGCCUCACAGGCCACACGCCAGAGGAUGCGAGAGUGCCACGGCCUGGUGGACGCCCUCGUCACCUACAUCCACCAUGCCCUGGACGUGGGCAAGUGUGAGGACAAGAGCGUGGAGAAUGCUGUGUGUGUGCUCCGGAACCUCUCCUACCGCCUGUAUGAUGAGAUGCCGCCAUCAGCGCUUCAGAGGCUGGAGGGCCGAGGCCGUGGGGAAGCUGGGGCCGGGCGGCCUGGGGAGGUUGUUGGCUGCUUCACCCCCCAAAGCAGGAAGCUGCGGGAGCUGCCCCUGGCCACAGACGCUUUGACCUUUGCUGAGGUCUCCAAAGACCCCAAGGGGCUCGAGUGGCUGUGGAGUCCCCAGAUCGUGGGUCUUUACAACCGACUCCUUCAGCGGUGCGAGCUGAACAGGCACACUACAGAAGCUGCAGCCGGCGCCCUGCAAAACAUCACUGCUGGGGACCGAAGGUGGGCAGGCGUGCUGAGCCGCCUAGCCCUGGAGCAGGAACGCAUCUUGAACCCCUUGCUGGACCGAGUACGGACAGCUGACCAUCACCAGCUGCGCUCACUGACUGGCCUCAUCCGGAACCUGUCUCGGAAUGCCAGGAACAAGGACGAGAUGUCCACCAAAGUGGUCAGUCAUCUGAUCGAGAAGCUGCCAGGGAGCGUUGGGGAAAAGCCUCCUCCAGCAGACGUGCUGGUCAACAUCAUCGCGGUGCUCAACAACCUGGUGGUGGCCAGCCCCAUUGCCGCCCGGGACCUCCUCUACUUUGACGGCCUCCGGAAGCUCAUCUUCAUCAAGAAGAAGCGGGAUGGGCCCGACAGCGAGAAGUCCUCCCGGGCAGCCUCCAGCCUCUUGGCCAACAUGUGGCAGUACAGCAAACUGCACCGAGACUUCCGGGCGAAAGGCUAUCGCAAGGAGGAUUUCCUGGGUCCCUAAACAACCCGAAGACGAAGAGGCAUCUGGGGAGGCAUUAAUGAGGGGACCCCUCCCCCAUGGCUGUGUGGGUCGACCUUGGCUCGGCUCUGCCCUUGCCUCUCGGCCCUCAGCCCUGCCCAGGUGUGGCCUCGACCCCCUGCGGCUGUUUUGGAUGCUCAUGUGAUGGGCAGGCAUAGCAGGCACUAAGAAUGGGUCCAGGACCGGGGGAACUUUGGGGGCUUCAGGGUGAGCCUGGCUAUCAAGAUGGGCUAAAAGCCCCUGGCUUCUAGGUGUUGGGAUGCUUGGGAAUCCUUUGGUGUUUUAGGGGGCCUCCAAUCUCUGGAGGCCACAGCUGCUGUGGCCCCAGGGUCCCGAAGGGACUUACCCAAUUUGUGGUAAAGGGAGUGGCUGGACCCAGGUGACCUGUCCAGUCACAGCCACAGAUUAGGGCUUGGGGGCCGAGGCUGGCCUGGGAGGGGCUGGGACAAUAAA